AUGGACACCACCAUCUUGAGGAACGACGAGAAUUGGCAAGAGAGCUGGCUCUUGGUGCUGAUUUCGAGCAUUGCUUGCAUUCUGGGAGCAUCUGUGGUGUUUAUUGAUACUGUAUGGCCUUCAUCACGCUACAACGCAUCCUGUGCAUCUAUUCUGGAGCAACCCAAAGUGAUCGCCUCGUCGAUGGCAUUGGCUGCUGGUGUCAUGCUGUUCUCUUCGCUCUUCACGUUAUUACCUGCUAGUCGUGCUCGGCUCGCUUCCGAUCAUUGGAUGUACCUGUAUUACUUUGUUGGGAUAGCAACGACCAUCUUCAUCAAUCGUUGUAUCCACUGGUGUGCCCCCAACGCUAUCCAUGCUUAUAAUGAAGGUCCUCAUCAACAUCACCAUCAUCAUCAUCAUCAUCCAUCGCCCUUGGAACAUCCUGUUGAUAGUUGCAGCAGCCAAAGCACCCUUUUACCAACAACGGCAACGCAUGAUGAUCCAUCCUUUAUGAAAUCUACAACAACAACAACAACGGGUCACCUUGGAGAGCACACUCGACUUCAAUGGAACUCGAUCGAAUAUGGAGCUGUCACUCAACAACAACAUCCUGACUAUUUUGAUCCUGUGAAAAGCAAUGAUCAAGAAAACGAUUAUUUUCGUAUCGGCAUCCAAACAGCUGUUGCGAUUUGCAUUCACAAGUUUCCUGAGGGAUUAAUCAUGUUCAUCUCGGGACAAGCAUCCAGUCGUCUUGGGCUUAGUGUGUGCGCUGCCAUGUCGAUUCACAACUUUAUUGAAGGAUUUAUGAUUGCGCUUCCGCUCUACUUUGCUACUAAAUCGAGGGGGAGCGCGUUUGGUUAUGCAGCACUUCUUGGAGGAUUAUCUCAACCCAUCGGAGCAGUUUUGGGACUCAUUGCUUUCCGUGAAGUCAGCCAAGAACAACAAGAUACCCUUUUUGGCGUUACCUUUGGUGUGGUGAGUGGGAUGAUGUCGUUUAUUGCCGUCCAGAGUAUGCUACCACAAGCGAUUAAAGCGGAUACUCAACAACGUUAUGUAUCGGUGUUCUUUUUCGUUGGUAUAUUAGUUGUUGGACUGGCUUCGCUUCUCAAGUCAGUAUAA